AUGGGGAGAAAACCUUGUUGUGAGAAGGUUGGGCUGAGGAGAGGCCCCUGGACUGCUGAUGAAGAUCAUAAGCUAAUGACCUUCAUCCUCAACAAUGGCAUUCUUUGUUGGAGACUCAUUCCCAAGCUUGCAGGUUUAAUGAGAUGUGGGAAGAGUUGCAGACUAAGAUGGAUCAACUAUCUAAGGCCAGAUCUUAAGAGAGGAGCAUUCACAGAGAUUGAAGAGGAUCAAAUUAUCCAACUCCAUGCACUUCUGGGUAACAGGUGGUCAAAAAUUGCAGCACAUCUCCCUGGCCGAACAGAUAAUGAAAUCAAGAACCACUGGAAUACUCGAAUCAAGAAGAAGAUGAAUCUCCUUGGUUUAGAUCCUUCAACACACAAGCCAAUAACUGUAUCACCAAAACAACAACAACAACAACAACAAGAAGAAGAAGAAGAAGAAGAAGAAGACAUUAAUCUGGGGCUUCAGAAGAAACAAGAAGAUCUUCAACUGGGCAGUCCAAUGGAUCUUUUAAAUGGUUAUGAAAUGUUGUGGGAGACCUUGGAUAAUGGAUCAAAGAUUGACCACCCAAAAACCAAUCCCUCUAAUUCAUUUUCUUUGGACGACUCACUUAAUCAUUCUAUGAGUGAAUCCUCAUUCCAGCAAGAAAAUUCUCUGCAAUGUUGGGUUGAUAAUGUGGAGUCUGUCCUCUCAUGGGAUGAAUUCCUUCCCAUAGAAGACAUAUUUUCUUUUGGGAUAUUACCAGUUAAUUAA